UUCAGUGCACCGCUGGUGCAAAGGUAAUCCACAACGGGAUGAUGAGAUUUCAGGUAAAAGAAGUCUACUUUAAGGGACCUUUGUGUGUAUUUCUCUUUGUGUCUGCUACACACACACACACACACACGCACGCACACACCCUCAUGCAGCUCCGUUAUUGUUCUCUGGUUGCUAAGUUACACCAGGGGGCAAAACAGGCUGUUUUUAUUUGACCGUAUUGUGCCUGAUGCAACUUUUUGUGGUUUCUCUGCUCACCCCUGCUUCACAAUGAGUCAAGACUAUCACAGACAUGAUGCAAACACCCGGCUCGCCAGGCAAAUCAACUGAGAUGGAGAAAAAAACAAAUCCUGCAGACGUCUGGAGAGAACUGACCCAAAUCUAGAGUUACUGCACGAGAGCAAAUAUGGAGCCAAACUCUAGCAGGGAAACCUCAUCAGACAUUCUCACAAUCCUCACAUAUGAUGGGAGGACUGUCACCAGAAUCAACGUUGCCACACAAACAGGCAGCAGACAUGGAGACCCAGACUUUGUGCCAAAAUAUGCUUCUUUGCCUAAGAAGAAAGAAGAUUAUGACAGUUCAGAGCAGAGAGCUGACGAUGAGAGUGAGUUGAAGAUAUCCCCAGAUAAUGAAAUGUUGGAUUUGCACAGCAAGGGAACUCCCCACUCUCCUACAGCCUGCCAAGAAGGAACAGUAGAGACCUUAACUAAUCUUGACAAGGGAGAGUCAGAUGGAGAGUCAGAAAAAGAGGAAGAUCAAAGGUCAGUACACACCCCCCAGGAGCAUGAGCUGCAGUCAAAAGAGGAUUCAAAUGAAGCAGGUUGCACAUACUCUGGAUCAUAUUGCAAGCAAAUUAAGGUUUUACCAUCAUUUCCUUUAAUUCAUCUGUGUUGUGAAAUCUUUAACAUUACAGGACAAGUAGAAGUUUAUGACAUCUCAAGUGAUUUUUCGGAUUACGACUGGUUCACCACAGAAAUGGUGACAUUGGAGGAUGAAACAGAAAUAAGCUACAACAGCAUCUUCUCUUUCAAUGUGAGGAAGGAGAGACUAAAGGAGUUGCCGCUUGUCAGACGCUACAAAAAUGGCAAAAUAUUCAUUUUGGUCUUUCAAGAUGGAACUGGACAUGUGUGCUAUCCAUCGGGAAGACUUGCCAUCCUCGUGGCAACAUCGCAUUCAACCAACUCGUCUUGUGUGGUGGUUCUGGAGAAUGAAAUCGAUGAGCCACCGAUUAAGGCGCUUUUUACCAGCAGAGAGCAGACCUGUUUUCAUGAGAAUGGCAACAUUUGGGUUAAUCUUACUUCAAGAGGAGGUACGUUGUUCAGUGAGACGGGAGAUCUGAAGAAACACUGGAAGUGGCAGGAGAAUGAGCAACAUGUUCAUGCUCCCCCCUGCCAGCCCAUGCACCUCACCCUAAGCCCUUUCCUUAAAGUCCACAUCAAAUCCCAGGAAGAUAUCAGCAUCCUUUUCAACUCCAAUAAACACAGCGUGGAGGUCCACAAAGUGGCUAGUGUGAACACGAAACAUGUCAGAAAGAAAACAGCGCCAGUGGCUGAGUCGCUUCAGUCUUAUCUGAAGCAGAAGAGUCCAGAGAUCAAGGCGCUGCUCCAGAACCUCCAGUCCCUCGUCACCGAUCAAAGCAGCGCAACUCCGUCGAAGGUCAACCCUCAUCCUGCAGAUGGAGAGGCAGCAGCUGCCAGUGAAACGGCAAUACUCUGCCAAGAAGACCCCCCAUAGCGGACAAUGUCC